AGCUCUCUAGUUUCCGGAGGUGGUGGUGGUGCUGCUUAGUUUAGUGUGAUAGAAAAUGGUGACGGAGAUGACUGAAGACAUAGUGAUAGUGGGCGCAGGCAUCGCCGGGCUUGCCACCGCGGUGGGGCUUCAUCGAGUUGGGCUCGGUUGCCGGGUUCUUGAGCGCGCUCAGGAGCUUCGAACCACUGGCGCCGCACUCAUGCUCUUCCCCAAUGCUUGGCGUGCCCUGGAGACUCUCAACGUCGCUCACAAGCUCACUCCUUUCUAUGCUCCUUUCAAGACGGCAAGCUUUACGUCGCUUAGUGCUCGUCGAACCCAAAAGGUCCCUCUCCUCGGAAUCACCGUCAGUGAGAAACUUGGACUGAGGUCUGUUCAUAGGAAGGCACUGCUUGAGGCCCUAGCAGAGGAACUUCCGCCCUCCACUAUCCGGCUGGGCUCCCGGCUGUCGUCCAUAGAACAGUCUCCCGGCGAGUCCCUGAUCACUCUUCAUUUGGAGGAUGGAACCAGAGUUAAGACAAAGGUUUUGAUCGGAUGCGACGGGAACAGGUCUUUGGUGGCUCAAUGGAUGGGGAUGUCGGAACCGAUCAACUCCGGCCGGUCGGCGAUUCGGGGCCUAUCGGUUUACCCGGACGGCCACGACAUUGACCAUGAAAUGGUUCAGUUUCUUGGUGAUGGGGUUCGGGCAGGCUAUAUUCCUAUCAAUAAGAAGCAUGUUUAUUGGUUUGUCAUCAGAACGGCACAUCCCGUUGAUGAGGAAAUAUGGAAGAGCCCAAAGCUGAUCAAGCAAGAUGUAACCGAUAGAGUAGCAAAGGACUGGCCAAAGGAGUAUCGUGAGGUGGUGGAGCAUUCUGAUCUCGACACGUUGACGCAAGCUCCACUCUUCUUCAGGAGUCCACUGAGUCUGCUGUUUGGGAAUCUGUCGAGGGGAAGCGUCACGGUUGCCGGCGACGCGUUGCACCCGAUGACCUCCGACAUCGGCCAGGGCGGGUGCACGGCCCUUGAGGACGCGGUGGUGCUGGCCAGGAACCUCAGCCUAGCUCUGCGGAAGAACGGCAAGAUCGAGUUCGACCAUAAGGCCAUCGAGGAAGGGCUGAGGAAGUACGGGAACGAGAGGAGAUGGAGAUCGGCGGCGCUGAUCGCCUACGCCUACCUGUCCGGCUGGGUGCAGAGCCAGCCGUGGAGGUUGGUCAAGAUGUUCAGGGACAAGAUCUGCUACGGCCUCAUGUUCAAUAGGUUCGUGGAUCUCGUGGACUAUAACUCUGGUGAGUUGCCGAGUUUUAAGCUGGCCUGAAGCCGACGGAGAUGUGGAACACUAGUGUUAAGCUACGCCGGUCCGGCUUGGUUUGCACCACUAAAUUAAGUCCGGACUUCUUCGUUGCUUCAAAAGAAGUUAGGAACGUUUGAUCGGUUUGAGUUGCUUCUUUUCUCGGUUUCCAUUUUCUUUCCGGUUUCAAGUGUUAAAUAUGUAAAGUAGUGCUUUCUUGAGUUGUGGUCUUGUUUUCAAUAUUACUUGAUAAACUACUCAAUUUUAGCAUGCA